GGCGACGGAGCUGAUUGGCUGCCGCUGGGGUGACGCAGCAGCGCACCAUGGUUCCAUCGGAGCUGAGAGCUGGAGCAGGAGCUCCUGGACCUCCUCUGCUGUGUGAGUCCGGUCCGGUCCAGUCCAGCAGCUUCUGCUCAACCAGCCAUGCUCAGUCCUCUGUUCAGAGCCCACGGCCUCCUGGUGGCCUCUCACCCAUGGGAGGUGAUUGUUGGCACCAUCACUUUGACCAUCUGUAUGAUGUCCAUGAACAUGUUCACCGGCAAUGAUGAGAUCUGUGGCUGGAACCUGGACUGCUCCAAAGCAGAGGAGGAAGUGCUAAGCAGUGACAUCAUCAUCCUGACCAUCACCCGCUGCAUUGCCAUUGUUUAUAUUUACUUCCAGUUCCAGAGCUUGAGGCAGCUGGGAUCUAAAUACAUUCUUGGCAUCGCCGGCCUUUUCACCAUUUUCUCCAGCUUUGUGUUCAGUACAGUCGUCAUUCACUUUUUUGAUAAAGAACUAACCGGCCUCAAUGAAGCCCUGCCGUUUUUCCUGCUCCUCAUCGACCUCUCUAAAGCGUGCACCCUUGCUAAGAUCGCGUUAAGCUCAAACUCUCAGGAGGAGGUGAGAGAAAACAUAGCUUCGGGCAUGGCGGUGCUGGGUCCCACCUUCACGCUGGAUGCUCUGGUGGAGUGCCUAGUGAUCGGUGUCGGGACCAUUUCAGGUGUCAGGCAGCUGGAGAUCAUGUGCUGCUUUGGCUGCAUGUCUGUUCUAGCCAACUACUUUGUGUUCAUGACAUUCUUCCCUGCAUGCGUCUCGCUGGUGCUGGAGUUGUCCCGUGAGAGUCAAGGCGGCCACCCCAUCUGGAAGCUGAGCCACUUUUCCAGAGUGAUGGAGGAGGAAGAGGACAACAAACCCAACCCUGUUACCCAGAGAGUCAAGAUGAUCAUGUCUCUGGGUCUGGUGAUGGUCCACGCCCACAGCCGCUGGAUUUCCAAGCCUUCAUCCUCCAACGUCACGGCAACAAACCCACAGAUGAACAUGGAGCUGGACCACCUCUCAUCCAGGAGGAUCAAACCAGAGAUGCCACUGUGGCACUUCUACCUCACCAGAAUGGUAACGAUGGACAUCGAGCAGGCGAUCUGCCUGGCCCUGGCCCUGCUGCUGGCUAUCAAGUACGUCUUCUUUGAGCAGGCAGAGAUGGAGUCAGUUCUGUCUGUGAAGAGCCCCAUGUCUCUGGCAGCUCCGACUCCAAACCCACGACCCACAAAGACCUGCUGCAUGCCUGAGCCACCUGCUCCCAGAGACCUGGCCACCUCCCCCACCUGCCGGGGGGCCAGAGAUGAAGUCAUUCGUCCACUUCCAGCCACCGCUGACCCUCAGCCAAAGAGCAUGUUUGUUAUUGGGGAGGAAGUGGGUGGAUCCCAGCCUGAGGAGCAGCCCAGUCUUCCCCCAAGGCCCAGAGCCCUGGAGGAGUGCUUGGCCGUCCUGAACAACCCCGGGCUGGGGCCUCGCCAUCUCAGUGACAUGGAGGUACUGCUGCUGGUUUCCUCCAAACACGUACCAGCAUACAAACUGGAGGCCAUGAUGGAGAGACCAGAGAGAGGGGUGUCUAUACGGAGACAGAUGAUAUCUGCAGGUCUGUCCUGUCCAUCAGCGUUGUCCUCUCUGCCCUACACCAACUAUGACUAUUCAAAGGUCAUGGGCACCUGCUGUGAGAAUGUGAUUGGUUACAUUCCUGUCCCAGUGGGCGUGGCUGGACCACUACACCUGGAUGGGAGGCAGUUCCAGGUUCCCAUCGCCACCACAGAGGGCUGCCUGGUAGCAAGCACCAACCGCGGCUGUCGGGCAAUCGCGCUUGGGGGUGGAGCCAGGAGCUGUGUCCUGGCCAACAGCAUGACCCGUGGACCUGUCGUGAGGCUCCCGUCGGCCUGCAGGGCAGCAGAGGUCAAAGCCUGGUUGGAGAGCCCUGAUGGGUUUCAGGAUAUCAGAGAGGCUUUUGACAACACCAGCAGGUUUGCUCGUCUCCAGAAGCUCCUGGUUGGCCUGGCUGGUAGAAAUCUUUACAUACGCUUCCAUUCCAAAACUGGAGAUGCCAUGGGGAUGAACAUGAUCUCUAAGGGCACGGAGCACGCUCUGCACAGACUGCAGCAGCACUUCCCUGAGCUGCAGGUGGUUGCUGUCAGUGGGAACUACUGCACCGACAAGAAACCAGCUGCCAUCAACUGGAUUGAAGGCAGAGGCAAGUCUGUUGUGUGCGAGGCCACUGUCCCUGCAAAGGUCGUCCAGGAGGUCCUCAAGACAACUACAGAGGCUCUGAUUGAGGUCAACAUUCAUAAGAACCUGGUCGGCUCCGCUAUGGCAGGCAGCAUCGGUGGAUUUAACGCUCAUGCAGCCAACCUGGUGGCUGCCAUCUACAUUGCCUGUGGCCAGGACCCGGCCCAGUCUGUGGGCAGCAGUAACUGCAUCACGCUCAUGGAGUCUUCAGGGCCAUCAGGGGCGGACCUGUACAUCAGCUGCACAAUGCCCUCUAUAGAACUGGGCACUGUGGGAGGAGGCACCAACCUGCCCCCGCAGCAGGCCUGUCUCCAGAUGUUGGGUGUUCUUGGAGCCAACCAGGAAUGUCCCGGUGAAAAUGCCUGCCAGCUGGCCAGGAUUGUGUGUGCUACGGUCCUGGCAGGAGAACUGUCCCUGAUGAGCGCCCUGGCUGCCGGACACCUCGUCAAGAGUCACAUGACACACAACAGAUCUAAGGCGGAUCUCCAGGGGACUCAAUCAGCCUGCACCAGGAAAAGCUCCUGAGAGCAGCUCGGCCUCCUGCAGCUCACGGAGUUCACUGGACAGUGAAGCCAUGACCAUCUGGGAGAUUGAAAGGGACAAAUCACUCAUGUGUAAAAGAACUCCUCACAAGCCUGCUGGGGCCUCUGACACGCAGCAGAACAAGGAUGACUGUUUUUACUAUGUGAGACUUUAUUGUUAACAGUUUAUUUUUGCAAAUAUUCCGAUUUCUAAUAAAUCUCAGUAGCUGUCA